AGCGUUGAUGAUUGUCUUUAGCCUCACUGGAAAAGUCCCUGAGCUGCUGCUAAAAAUGAUCAAAGCGAAAAAGCUCAAACAGCCCCGCCAGAAGAGGCGCCAAAAUGGUUGUUCUGCAUAAUAGUAGGUAAUGUACUUGGCGAGAUGGGAUAGGAAGUGAGGAGAGUGGCCGUUGCGAAAGAAACUCAGUCGAUUGAUUGCUUUUAAUUGGAAUGCCCCUUCUACCUCCUUUUUUUCUCGACCCUUUAUCUCCUACAUUCCUGUGGUUUGAUAAACUCUUUAACGUGCUCUAUCUUGAAGCUGUAGGUGGUUCAUUCGGUGCGACAGUGGCGCCCUCGGUAUCUUAUCAUCCUUGUAACAAUCGCCGCCACCCAAGCAACUUGACGUUAACAGGGUCGUCGUAUCUCCGUCGGCAACUCUGCUCAAUUCUUUCUUUUGUUUUCUUUCUCCUAAUUUCUUGAGCUUCUACUUUUUGCGCGAUUAGUCUGCCGUCUAGGCAAGGCUCUUAUAAAAUGAAUUCGGCUACAGCGACGAGUAUAGAAACCUCGAAUGGUUCGGCCUCUGUCUCCCGGCGCAGCGGCCACGACGUCACACAGAACAAACCCAACAAUCGCACCAACGGAAACGGUAACGGAACUGCCACGACGACAACCCCAAAGAAGCCUGGCCAGAAGUACAGGCACGUAGCUGCGGUCCACAAACAGACGAGGCCUUCAUGUCUGAGUCACGAUUCCGAUGCUGCUCCAAGCUUUAUUGGGUUCCGUAACCUCAUGGUCAUUGUGCUUGUUGUUGGAAACUUGCGAUUGAUGCUUGAGAACAUCCAAAAGUAUGGAGUACUGAUCUGCGUGAGGUGUCAUGAUUACAGCCGUCAAGAUAUUUACUUGGGUCUACUCCUUUACUUCCUCAUCCCAUGCCAUCUCCUCGCCGCCUACUUGAUUGAGCUGGCUGCUGCUCAGCAGGCUCGAGGAUCUCUCAAGCGUGUCAAUGAUUCACCUUCUGGUGGCCCCUCAGAGCAGGAGCGCAAGAGGUUUCAUAAGACCUGGGUUGUUGUCGCAUGGGCUCACCUUUUCAACAUUACUCUUGCCCUUGUUCUCACCACUUGGGUCGUAUACUUCAAGAUCCACCAUCCUCUCAUUGGUACCUUGACCGAGAUGCAUGCCAUUGCUGUUUGGCUCAAGACUGCAUCAUAUGCCUUCACCAACCGUGACUUGAGGCAUGCCUACCUGCAUCCUGUGGAAGGAGAACGCGAACUGGUGCCUGAGCUGUACACGCAAUGCCCGUAUCCCCAGAACAUCACCUUCAGCAACCUGGUAUACUUCUGGUGGGCACCCACACUCGUAUACCAGCCCGUGUAUCCUCGCACAGACAAAAUCAGAUGGGUCUUUGUGGCCAAGCGAGUUGGAGAAAUUUUUGGCCUCAGUGUGUUCAUGUGGGUUGCGAGUGCUCAGUAUGCUGCACCUGUCCUUCGAAACUCGCUCGACAAGAUUGCCUCCCUUGACCUCAUGUCUAUUCUGGAACGGCUACUUAAGCUUUCGACCAUUUCCCUAGUCAUCUGGCUUGCCGGUUUCUUCGCACUCUUCCAGUCGUUCCUUAACGCCCUAGCCGAGGUUUUGAGGUUUGGCGACAGGUCAUUCUAUGACGAUUGGUGGAACAGCGAGAGCUUAGGAGCAUACUGGCGCACGUGGAACAAGCCUGUUUACACGUAUUUCAAGCGUCAUCUGUACAUGCCCAUGAUCGGGCGUGGUUGGAGUCCUCAAGCUGCCAGCUUUGUAGUCUUCUUGGUAUCGGCUAUUCUUCACGAGAUCCUUGUCGGUGUCCCUACACAUAACAUCAUUGGCGUUGCUUUCCUGGGCAUGUUCCUUCAACUGCCACUUAUUGCAUUGACCAAGCCUCUUGAAAACAUGAAGCUUGGGCACACUGGCAAAAUAGUUGGCAACACUAUUUUUUGGGUAUCAUUCACCAUAUUUGGACAACCCUUUGCAGCACUGAUGUACUUCUACGCCUGGCAAGCAAAGUAUGGAAGUGUCAGCAAACAGAUGACGACAGUAUCGAGUUAAAGUGCCUUGGCUACGGACAAAGUUUCUGGAUACUGUUUGGUAUUGCUCAGCUAGCAUAUUUACCGUAUUGGCCCGAUACAUAUUUGAUAAAUUAUUAUUAAGAAGUCGUUCGCCUAUCUUCGUACAUACUAGAUUUUACCAUCUUGAAGACUGGCAUUAGGGAUGCAUUAACAUGGCGAAGUGCGAGGGCAUUCAUUCACCUCAACCGUCAGAUUCUGUUUUCUAAAAUUUAUGUUGAUGAAUUGUAGGCAUAAACUUGGCCUAGUAGGCCUUAUGACAGUAGCCCCAAGACUUGGUCCUAUUGCAAGUAAUCUGAAAAGCAUUUCUAGUCUUGGCUGUAUUUACAUGCGCCUAUGGCUAGAUCGCUCCCCUCUUCUCUCACAUCUUCUAAGCGAUGAAAGGAAUCUUUGUUCCCACUCUCUUCCGAUAUUGGACAUAAUCAUCUUGGAAGAACUCAAUCAACUUGGCCUCCUCGUGUUUAAUUCGCUUGCUGAAGAACAUCCAGAGAACAGCCGCAUAGGCAAAGAAGCACAGAACGUUGCCCAUUACUAGCUGUGUUCCCAAUCCCCAGUAAAAGAAUCCAAAGUAACUUGGGUGGCGGAAGAUUGAGUAGAUGCCUGAAGUCACCAACUCGUGGGAAUCCUUCUUCCUGGUCUGAACAUGAUGGUUGAAACUGGCUCCAGCUUGCAACAUGGCCACUGAGCGGACAUACUGUCCGACGGUGACCAUGACAAGGCCGAGGAGCAGAAGAAUAGGACCGGUGCCAUAGGGUGCCCAGUGUCGAUUAGGGAAGAAAAGGUUAAUGAUGGCACAUUCGAUAAACGCAGCUGAAUGGGCGAUGGCGUAUGCUGGCCAGUUUGCCGUCAAGAGAAAACUUCCAAUGCUAGCCACAAGUGUGUUCUUCUCAGCCGUAGUCCAAAACUCGAGAAAGUGAAAAGCUGAGAGUGCAAACAGGAAGAAUGGAACACGCCAGACAGGGCUAGAGGUCAAAAAUAGGAUAGCCCCCAUGGAGAUAGCACUACAAGCCAAGGUGAUACCGAGGCAGAAAGCUCGAAGAGCGAUACCGGAGAGUGACUUGGGCUGGCCUGCAAAGUAGGGCUUCAGGAUCAUGAGUUCGUCCAGAGAGCGAGUGUUGCCGGAGAAGGAGUCAUGAUGAGCAGGCGAUGCUCGAUGGUGAGCAGCUGAAGGGCUGAAGUUGACAGGUCUAGCGCCCGCGUUUUGCGUGGUUUCAGGCAUGGCUUUCUUUGAUGAAAAGUCAGAAAAUAGUCUAUAUGAUCUCAUGAGGUCUUCAGGGGUUGGUAUAAAGCUUGAUGAAAGAUUAGAUGACGAGAUGAACGUACAAAUUCUGAGAAGAAUCGUGAAAAGAGAAAGGGCCGAAAGGCUGUCUUUGGCACUGAAAUAAAGAAAUGAAAAGUUAUUACUCAGAAGGCGUGUUGGCCCUCGUCCCCGAAUGGCGUCUGCAGUCUUGGAUUGUGAGGCAGAGAACAAUAUCAAGAUUGUUGGCCUUAGC